AUGAGCCACGCUGUGGCGCAAGUUUUGGAGCCACUCGUAACUGCCGACUUCGGGCCCGUCGGGGUUAUUUUGCCAGUUUCGGCUCAUUUUCACGCUUCCGCCCCGCGUCCGUACACCGAUCCUCGCAUUCGCAAAAGACUGCACUACGACUUGACCGCUCGCCGUUACAGGACUGGCAGAAACGCGACAGCUCAACAGAAAUCGGAGGGGUUGUCCCACUUUCGCGAUCUUACGAUAUCUGGUUGCACGCUCGCUCCUACCGCAAGCUCCAACGUUUAUCUAACAACACCAAUUGAACGCGACAGGUUCCCCAGUAGCUGUCUUUUCUAUUCCCACGCCUUGGAACCCGAGCUAGCAAAAAGCCCAGUUGCAACUGUUGCCCGUUUACUGUGGAGAAGAGCUCCAGACAUAAUCUUCAUCAUGGCCGAUACUCUCGCUUCCCGCAAGUACUUUGACAAUAUUUACAUCCCCGUCGGUCUGAUAAUUCUGGGAUGCGCCAUCACCAAGCGCGAAUGGGUCCCGUACGCUGCCCUUUUGUCGCUGGCGCUGGGUGCCUACAAGUACAACUCGAUGCAAAUCAAGAAGGUUCUCAAGCCCGACGCUUUCCAAGAGUUCGAGCUUAAGGAGAAGACCAUCAUCUCUCACAAUGUCGCCAUCUACCGCUUUAACCUCCCUUCUGAGAAGAGCAUCCUCGGUCUCCCUAUCGGCCAGCACAUCUCUAUCGGCGCGAACUGCCCCCAGCCCGAUGGCACCACUAAGGAGAUCGUGCGCUCCUACACUCCAAUUUCUGGCGACCAUCAGCCUGGCUACUUUGACCUCUUGAUCAAGUCCUACCCCACCGGCAACAUCUCCAAGUACCUGGCAUCGAUGAAGGUCGGCCAGUUGCUCAAGGUCAAGGGUCCCAAGGGCGCCUUCGUUUACACACCGAACAUGGUCCGUCACUUUGGUAUGAUUGCUGGCGGCACUGGCAUUACUCCCAUGCUUCAGAUCAUCCGUGCCGUCAUCCGCGGCCGCCCAACCGGUGACAAGACCGAGAUCGAUCUCAUCUUCGCCAACGUUACGCCUCAGGACAUUCUGCUGAAGGAGGAUCUCGACACCCUUGCCAAGGAGGACAGCGGCUUCCGUGUGCACUACGUCCUGGACAAGCCACCUGCUGGCUGGACUGGCGGCGUCGGUUACGUCACCGCCGACAUGAUCACCAAUCUGCUCCCCAAACCCGCUGACGAUGUCAAGCUUCUGCUUUGCGGUCCCCCGCCGAUGGUCAGUGGCCUCAAGAAAACCGCCGAGAGCCUCGGGUUCAAGAAGGCCCGUCCUGUGAGCAAGCUCGAGGACCAGGUCUUUGCUUUCUAAGCAAAAAAAUUUCUACCAAGCGACUCAAAAUCUUAGACAUGUGAGGAAAGGAAAUAGCAAUUUGCGUGGGGAAAAGAAAUAGAGGAAAUGCAGCGGUCGCGAAAGUAAAGGUCGAGUUCUAGACUAGGUGCCUACUUGAGCACAUGCCGGGAGCUUUAACAGGCACAAAUGCGGCUCCACCUUACGUAAGGUACAU